AAAAGUUUGCCAAAAAAUUCUUCACCAAAACAAUGUAUUGGGGGCUCUCCCUAAAAACAUUUCUCCCAAAAACAUAUCAACCCACAUCAAAAUGCUAAUAACUAGUCCCCAAUAUUUCAAAAAAGACCACAUCAUUAUAAUUAGGCCCAUAUUAAAAUUAGGCCCAUAAUUGGGCUGCGGCUUGCCCCCUCACGCACAGCACCUUCCCUCUCCAAUCUCCAUUGCCGCACAGCACCUGCACUCUGAUCUCCCUCGCCGCCGCCGCCAGAAGGUCACGCCCGUGCAUAGGAAAAGGAGUCCCCGCGAUCUCCAACUCCAAUUGGAGAUAGGUAAAACAGAUUCGAUAUGAGUCGACGAAGCCUUUCCAUGCAGCUGGUGAUGGAUUCGUCGUCAGAUGACGACGAUGAUGAUUUCCUCCUCUCUGUUACUCAUGUGGCCAUGAAUGCGGAUGAGUCUGAUGAUGAAACAAGACAUCGUGGUUCUAUCCUAGGGCAUCGAGUACUUCGGCGAGACAGACAGGCAGGGCAUCAUAGGUUAUAUCAAGAUUAUUUUUCAGAUGAUCCAACAUACGGACAUAGUUAUUUUAGACGAAGGUUUCGAAUGAGGCGUACACUAUUUGUACGCAUAUGGAAUGCCGUAGAACAACACGAUCAAUAUUUCGUGCAGAAAAGAAAUGCUGCCGGUAUACUUGGCCUUUCUAGUCUGCAAAAGAUCACCGCAGCAUUUCGGAUGUUAACUUAUGGAGUAGCAGCUGAUGCUACAGAUGAUUAUGUCCGUAUUGGUGAAAGUACUGCUAUUGAGAGUCUGAGAAGGUUUGUCAGUGCUGUUGUGGAGGUUUUCGGAGAUGAGUACUUGAGAUCACCUAAUGAAGAUGAUACCACUAGAUUACUUGCAACUGGAGAGAAUAGAGGUUUUCCCGAUAUGCUUGGGUCGAUUGAUUGUAUGCAUUGGAGGUGGAAAAAUUGUCCUUCAGCAUGGCAAGGUAUGUACACCGGGCAUGUGCAUGAGCCUACAAUUAUACUUGAAGCUGUUGCCGAUAAAGAUCUUUGGAUUUGGCAUGCUUUCUUUGGGAUGCCAGGUUCCCACAAUGACAUCAACGUUUUGCACCGGUCAUCUUUAUUUGCACGGCUAGCCGAAGGUCAAGCUCCAGAGGUGAAUUAUACCAUUAAUAAUAAUGAAUAUACAUUGGGUUAUUAUCUUACCGAUGGCAUAUAUCCCUCAUGGGCCACAUUUGUGAAGACCAUACCUGAACCACAAGGUAACAAGAAGAAAUAUUUUGCAGCUGCCCAAGAAGCUUGUAGGAAGGACGUGGAACGAGCAUUUGGGGUUCUGCAGGCUCAUUUCGCUAUCGUUAGGGGGCCAGCUCGAUUUUGGGAUGAAGACACCCUCGGACAAAUCAUGAGGGCUUGUGUCAUUAUGCACAAUAUGAUAGUGGAGGAUGAACGCGAUGAGGAAGAUGAUUUAAGUUUUGAUGGAGUGGGAGAAAAGGUGAAGAUUUCUCACGAUAGGACACCUGAACUUGAGGAGUUUAUUAAAAACUACAAGAAUAUAAAGGACAAGGAGAUUCAUAAUCAACUUCAAGAUGACCUCAUUGAGCACCUAUGGCAACAUCAUCCAGAUCUCUACAAAUGA